ACUAUCGGAUAUUCUCAAGCGAUUGGCGAACGGAUGGAAUAGUUCAGUGCAAUCGUAUUUGGAAGAAAUUGACAAGCGAUUGCAGAAGUUUUAGAAAAGAUAUAGUUUACGUCAUAAAAAAGCUACUUUUGGGCGAUCAUUUUUCAAUCGAAAACCGAACAUUUUUUUAAUUUUCGUGCGGUAGACUCUUUAGGCUCGAAUUCUUAAUGUCUGUUUUCAAAAACAAUUCAAGACCUCAAACACCAACAGUGAGAGAUGGUGAUCAGUAUGCUAGAGUCAUCAAUGGCCUCAAACACAUUUACAAUUCCAAAAUAAAACCGUUGGAGACUACUUAUAACUUUGAAGGUUUCCACUCAUCGCCUUUGACUAAUUCUGAUAUAGAAGCUAAACCAAUCGUUCUUCUAAUUGGCCAAUAUUCAACUGGCAAAACUACAUUUAUACGUUAUUUGUUAGACAAAGCAUACCCAGGUGAACACAUUGGUGUUGAGCCUACCACCGAUCGAUUUGUAGCGGUUAUGCAUAACUCAGAGGAACGCGUGAUUCCUGGUAAUGCCGCCGCUGUCAAUGCAGAGCUUCCAUUCAGAGGCUUGAAUAAGUUUGGACAAGCUUUCUUGUCAAGGUUUCAGGUGUCACAAACCAAUUCUCCAGUGUUGGAGAACAUGACCAUCAUCGAUACCCCUGGUAUUCUAGCUGGAGACAAGCAGCGUACUGAACGAGGAUAUGACUUUACGCAAAUUAUUGAAUGGUUUUCUAACCGUGCCGACCUGAUCAUUCUCCUCUUUGAUUCUCAUAAAUUGGAUAUCUCCAAUGAAUUCAAACUCGCCAUUAAUUCUUUGAGAGGACAAGAAGAAAAGAUCCGAGUUAUUUUGAACAAGAGCGAUAUGGUCAGUCAACAACAGCUGAUGAGAGUCUAUGGCGCCAUGAUGUGGUCUCUUGGAAAGGUUGUACAGACUCCGGAAGUAAUGCGAGUCUAUCUUGGUUCUUUCUGGACGGAAAAGCCACCCAAUUGCUUUGAAGAUUGCCGUGAACUUCUGGAGGCUGAACAAAACGACUUAUUGAAGGAUCUACGAGAGCUUCGCAGAAACGCAGCUAUUCGAAAGAUUAAUGAAAUUGUCAAGCGUGCCCGUCUUGCACGAGUUCAUGCUCUCAUCAUUGGUCACCUCAAAAAGGAGAUGCCAUCCAUGUUCGGAAAAAACAAGAAGCAAGAGAAACUCCUUGCCAAUCUGGAUAAAGAGUUUGUGAAGAUUCAACACAAGCAUCACUUGCCUGCUGGUGAUUUCCCCAACCCAGAACGAUUCCGCCAGAAUCUAUCACUGUAUAAUAUGGACAAAUUCAAGCCUUUGAAGGAGGAUAUCAUUGCCAGAGUGGAUGAAGCUCUGUCAGUUGAUCUCCCCAGAUUGAUGUCUGAGUUCCCUCAAGGUAAUCCCAUGUUGGACGAGCAGCAACGUAAUCCAUUUGCCGGGUUAGAAUCGUACGAUCCACAAACCGGCAACGUUACCGAAGACUUUUGGACCUUUGCCGCGGUUGAUCGUGAAUCCUAUACGGGUGUUUUCCAUCAGAUUGGACCUCGAGAUGGCAAGAUCAGUGGGUCUCAGAUAAAGCCGGUACUGAUGGAGUCCGGUCUACCCAACGAUAUCCUUGCUCAAGUUUGGCGAUUGGCUGACUGGGACAACGAUGGGUACAUGGAUUUGGACGAAUUUGCAGUUGCUAUGCACCUGAUCAAGGCUGCACAGCGAAAUGAGCCGUUACCCGAAAAGCUACCUCAAUCCAUGAUGCCCGGGAGAAAACUUUAAACCGGUGGAGGUCUA